AUGGUUACAAAAAUAGUUGAAAUACAACAUAAUUGUAUUUUACCAAAACAUUCUAAUGUGGACUUCCAUAGUUUUGUGAUAUUAAACAUUAAACAUUCCAUGUGUUGUAGAAAAUGUUAUUUUUGUGUUGUAGAAAAAUAUUAGGUAUCGUGGGGCCUGGACAAAACAUUUAUUAUUAUUUACUGUAUAUAUAUUUACGUUGUUUAGCUAAUCACAAAUCCACAAUUAGUAGACUAUAUAUCUCAGUUUAUCAUUCAGAUAGAAUCAAAUUCUUACACUGUCUCUAACAUAUGCAGCUGAAAUACAAGACAUUUCAGCCAUACCAUUUAAUGUUGAAACUCUGUUGAAAAGUGUUGGAACAUGAUAGCUGGUCAUUAGCUGCUGCAAGCUGGUUGUUAACUGGUUGUGCUACCAUGUUCAAAAUCAUCUUGACCACUUUAAACUAGUUUGAGCAGCUUGUAGUUUGUUUACUGCCAUUCCUAGAUGAUUUACCAGUUUGCACCAGCUAAUGGCCAGCUUGAAUCAGCUAAUGACCAACUACAAACCAGCUACUAUAUUACAGCAAGCCGUCUCAGGUGGAUUCUUCCGGCAGGGAAGGGCUUCCCAUGAAUUUCAUGGGUGUGUGAAUCCCAGAAGGCUGUCAUCAUGGCUCGUGACUGCUCAUCUUAAUGUCUUUGCUGUCACAUAGUAAUGCAGGGCCACACAGAGCUUUUCUGUUAAGAAUUAUUCGAGGACUUUAGCGAGGACAGUCGUGCUUUUCUGAGACAAUGGUUACUUUCUGGAACAGUUUUAGAAGCUUGAGCAUCUUUUGUGCUGUGAUAGUACAGGUGUCUGGAAUCAACAGAACCUUCUACAUUGGAAUUAAAGAAGAAAACUGGGAUUAUGCACCGAGCGGCCAGAAUCUGAUCACUGGAAAACCUAUUGCAGUGGAUAAGUAUGCACCAAUAUUUCUGCAGCGCGGGCCUUGGCGGAUUGGCAGUGUGUACAAAAAGGCAAUAUACAGGCAGUACACGGAUGCUUCUUAUUCUCAAGAGAUCCCCAAACCCACCUGGCUUGGCUAUCUUGGCCCCAUACUGAGGGCAGAGGUCCAUGAUGUCAUCAUCGUGCACCUGAAGAACUUUGCCUCCAGACGUUACUCCAUGCAUCCACAUGGUGUCUUCUAUGCGAAGGAUUCAGAAGGUAAAAAACCUAUUUCUCUCUCAUUCGCUUUUAGAUUUCAAAAGUGCUACUCAGUUCUCCUGUCUCCACUAGGUGCGCUAUAUCCAGAUGGAACCUCAGACACUCUAAAGAAGGAUGACGGGGUUCCACCAGGAGGAAAUUACACCUACACCUGGACUGUGAAGCCAGAGUUUGCUCCUCAAAAGGGUGACGCCAACUGCCUGACCUGGGCCUACCAUUCUCACGUCAGCGCUUCACAAGACAUUUCCUCUGGGCUUAUUGGAGCCCUUCUCACCUGUAAGAAAGGAACCCUACGUACUUCAGACCACCAUCGAGAGCAACGUGCUGAUGUGGACCAGGAACUUGUCCUCAUGUUUAGUGUGGUGGAUGAGAACAUUAGCUGGUACCUGAAAGAGAACAUCCAGACCUUCUGCUUUGAUCCAUAUGGUGUGGACCCUACCAGAGAAGAUUUCCAAGAAUCCAACAUGAUGCAUGCGAUUAAUGGAUACAUGUACGGCAACCUACCAGGCAUUGAGUUUUGCCAAAACCGCACAGUUGCUUUGCAUCUCUUCGGCAUGGGGAAUGAGAUCGACAUUCACUCUGUUUAUUUCCAUGGACACACGCUUCUGGACCGCGGGCACCGUGUGGAUGUCUUGAGUCUGUUUUCUGCCACCUUUGCCACUGCACAGAUGGUCCCUGCAACAAUAGGGACAUGGCUCUUGAACUGCCAAGUCAAUGAUCAUCUGAAAGGUGGUAUGCAGGCCUUGUUCAAAGUCUCGUCCUGCAAGGAUGAGAUGAACUCCACAGUUUAUCUCAGUGGGAAGAUUAGGAAGUACUUCAUUGCUGCCGAGAAGGUUUGGUGGGACUAUGCACCAUCAGGGAUGGACAAACUGACCAAUCAGUCUCUGACCAAACCUGGGAGCGUUUCAGAGUUGUUCUUCGGGAUGAGUGGUGGCCGACUUGGUGGAAAGUAUUGGAAAGUGGUUUACAGAGAAUAUACAGAUAAGACUUUCACCUUAAAGAGAACACGAACAAGUGCUGAGACUCAUCUAGGCAUUCUUGGUCCAGUAUUGAGGGCUGAAGUUGGAGACACCCUUCAGGUGAUGUUUAUGAACAAAGCUGACAGAACCUACAGUAUCCAGCCUCACGGUCUCCACUACGACAAACCCUUUGAGGGUGUCUUUUAUCAAGAUGGUACAAAAAGGAAAGGAUAUCAGGUUCAUCCAGGUGAAACAUUCACCUACAAAUGGGAGUUGAGGGAGGGACCGUCUCCAAGUGACCCUCCAUGUAUUUCCUACCUGUACUUCUCCUCCAGUGAUCCAGUCAAAGACACCAACUCUGGUCUCAUAGGCCCUCUGCUGGUCUGUAAGAAAGAUGCGCUGAAUUCAAAUGGUGCUCAGAAAGACAUCGAUCUGGAGUUUUUCCUGAUGUUUUCUGUGUUAGAUGAAAAUCUCAGCUGGUACUUGAAUCAGAACAUUGAAACCUAUGACACCAAUGAAUCAGAAUCAGAGAAUAUGGAAUUUCAGGAGAGCAAUAAAAUGCAUGCUGUUAACGGCUUUAUGUAUGGGAACCUGCCUGGCCUUGAGAUGAAUAAGGGGUCAAGGGUCAGAUGGCACCUCAUGGGACUUGGAACAGAGAUGGACAUGCAUGGAAUUUACUUCCAAGGCAACACUUUCCAGAGACAGGGAACAACUCGGGACACACUGAGCCUGUUCCCACACACUACAGUCACAGUGUCCAUGCAACCAGAUGUCAGUGGUGUAUUUGAGGUGAGCUGUCUAGUCUCUGAUCAUUAUGUUGGUGGGAUGAGACAAUUGUAUAAAGUGAUGGGCUCAGAGGAUGAGGACUCAGUGUUAGAGUCUCAGAUAGUGGAGUACUUCAUCUGUGCUGAAGAGGUAGAGUGGGACUACUCUCCUGAUCGCACAUGGGAACUGCAGAACUUCAACACGACUGAGGACAACAGUCCUGGCAGUUUGUUUGUGGGGACGGGAAAGAACAGACUUGGCUCCAAAUAUAAGAAAGUAGUUUAUAGAGAAUACACUGAUGCCACCUUCAGCACAAGGAAACCGAGACAGCCUUACGAGGAACACCUGGAGAUUUUAGGACCUCUAAUCCGAGCUGAAGUAGGUCAGGUUUUGCUGAUCACAUUCAUGAAUAAAGCAAGCCAUCCUUACUCAAUACAGGCACAUGGAGUCAGGACUUCUUCUAAACCAGAGGCUGUCAUGCCAGGAAAUGUGACUCAGUACCGGUGGCUCAUUCCGGUGAAAUCCGGCCCAGGCUUGUCUGACCCAAACUGCAUUGCAUUUGCUUACCGCUCAGCUGUGGACUUUGUUAAGGACACAGCCAGUGGUCUGAUUGGGCCACUAAUAAUCUGCAGGACAGGUGUACUGAACCAGGACAGACAGAGAACGGAUGUGGACAGAGAAUUUGCUCUCCUCUUCAUGGUGUUUGAUGAGAAUAAAUCCUGGUAUCUGGAGGAAAACGUUCAGUAUUACUACAGGAGCUCAGAACCACUUCUGAGAGAUGCUGAGUUUCAGAAAAGCAACAAGAUGUAUGGGAUCAAUGGAAAGCUCUAUGCUAACCUACAUGGUCUAGAAAUGGUGGAGGGAGAAAGAGUGGUUUGGUACCUGUUUGGGAUGGGCAAUGAAGCAGAUAUUCACACCGUCCAUUUUCAUGCUGAGACCUUCACCUACAAGGCAGAUGAGACUCACCGCACUGAUGUGUAUGACCUGAUCCCAGGAUCAUUUCAGACAUUGGAGAUGGUGGCAGAGGUCAAUGGAACGUGGCUUCUGCACUGCCAUGUUGCUAACCACAUUCGUGCUGGAAUGGAGACGACUUUUAUUGUCAAAUCUCGAUCAGGUGGUGGCACAAUGAGGACAAAUUUAAGCAUCUUUUGCUUUCUGCUCACAACAUUCAUGCUCAAACUGACAUGGUGAUCUUUCUGUGGACAUCUGCUACUUGACCCCAGUCUCAACUGAUUUAUUUCUAACACUGUACCACUCAAACAUUUUUUGAAUUUUUAAAUGUUUUUGAAGUCUGUAAUGCUCACAAGGCUGCAUUUAUUUGAUAAAAAGUACAGUAAAAACAGUAUUGUGAAGUGUUAAAAUAAGUAUAAAGCAUAAGUAUAAACCUUAAAACAACCAUUUUCUAUUUUAACAUAUUUAAAAAUGUAACUUAUUCCUGUGAUGCCAAAGCUGAAUUUUUAGUAGACAUUACUACAGUUUUCAGUGUCACAGGAUUCUUCAGAAAUUAUUCUAAUAUGCUGAUUCUGUGCACAAGAAACUUAUAACUAACAAUGGUGAAAACAGUUGUGCUUCUUAACAUUUUUAUGGAAAACAUAUUUUGUUGUCCACAAUUCAGCAUUUAAAAAAAGUUUUUUGUAGAAAAGUUAGAAGUGUCUUUACUGUGACUUUUGAUCAAUAAUGUGUCCUUGCUAAAUAAAAGUAUUAAAUAAAAUCAUACUAACCCCAAACUGUUCAACAUUAGUGUAAAUUAAAA